UAGACUGAAAAUGAAGAGUGAGUGCUGAGGGAACAUUAUAACAAAGAGGGUUACCAUGGUAAUGACGACGCACAGGGCAGGAGGAUAGAGGAGGGGGGGGUAUAGUAUUAACAGACAGAGACCUCUGACAUCCUUCUUACUGCUAUCAUAAAUCAAACUCACCUUAUGACGACAUAGCCUACAUGUAUCUCUGCGGACUGUUGACGGACUGUUUGUUGACGGACUGUUGACGGACUGUUGACUGUUGACGGACUGUUGACGGACGGACCCUCCGCAGACUGACGGCGGGUGGCGAGUUCACUGCGGACAGGUGACUAGAAAAUGGAGAAAUAUGAAAAGCUGGCCAAAAUCGGCGAGGGUUCCUACGGCGUGGUGUUCAAAUGCAGACACAGAGACACGGGCCAGAUAGUUGCCAUCAAGAAGUUUGUGGAAUCCGAAGAUGAUCCUGUCAUUAAGAAGAUUGCACUGCGAGAAAUCCGCAUGCUGAAGCUGAAACACGUGAAUCUGGUCAACCUGCUGGAGGUGUUCAGGAGGAAAAGACGGCUCCACUUGGUGUUCGAGUUCUGCGAGCAGACAGUCCUCAACGAGCUGGACAAACACCCUCGAGGGGUUCCAGAGGCUCAGCUGAAGAGCAUCGUGUGGCAGACUCUGCAGGCGGUCAACUUCUGCCACAAGCACAAUUGUAUCCACCGUGAUGUGAAGCCAGAGAACAUCCUCCUCACCAAAACCGGAGUCAUCAAGCUCUGCGACUUCGGUUUCGCCCGCAUUCUGACAGGACCAGAGGACGACUACACAGACUACGUGGCGACUCGCUGGUACCGGGCCCCUGAGCUGCUGGUCGGGGACACUCAGUACGGGCCCCCUGUGGACAUGUGGGCCCUCGGCUGCGUUUUCGCUGAGCUCCUCAAUGGGAAUCCACUCUGGCCCGGGAAGUCUGAUGUUGACCAGCUCUACCUUAUCCGAAAAACUCUAGGUGACCUGAUCCCCCGGCACCAGCAGGUCUUCCGCUCCAAUGUUUUCUUCAGCGGAGUCAGUAUUCCUGAACCUGACACGACGGAGCCUUUGGAAAAGCGCUUCCAUGGCAUGUCUCUUUAUGCCCUCCAAGUUAUGAAGUCCUGCCUGGUGAUGGACCCGUCACUCCGUCUGUCCUGUGAGGAGCUGCUGGAGCUGCCUUACUUCCAGGAAGAUGGAGUGAACUGGGGCCGUGAGGGGGAGCGCCUGGGGAGACGACAUGACAAAGGCUCCCGACGAAGACAGCCUGGGGCUCAGUACCUGCCUCAGUUACCCAACAGCAACAUCUCACCAGCUCCAGAUGUUAAGAAACAGGUGAAGCAUAAAUAUCACCUGCCCAACAUUUAACAAAGCAACACGUGUGGGCUGAGCUGAAAAAAGGCUGACUCAUGCUAAGCUUUGUGCGAUCAUUUGAAUACAGUAAAAUAUAUUGUUGUUGUUGUGACAGUGAAAAUGUGUAUUUUGAGUCUGUGAUCACGUCGCAUUUUUGGCAUUAUCACUUGAUAUUAUUUACUCGACAAACAAUUGUUAGGUCAUUUACAGAUGCAGGUGCAACACAGUCUCACUCCCUGAUAGUCCAAUAGUGACGCUAUGUUGAAACCAAGUGCUUCAACAUAGUUAACAUUGCAGGAAAGUUGAUUGUCAAGUCCCAAAACAAACCAUGCAAUAUAUUAGACUUUAAGUACUUUGUC